UUAUAAACAAUACAAUGACAAAAUUAAUAAGAAAAUAGCAUUACUCGUCUAUAAAAUAUUUUUCAACCAACAUAAUAAUACUUCGUUAAAGAGGCAGCAUGAAUAAAUACAAUGACAUAUACAUUAUGUUCAUUAAUAUCGUGGCUUUGAAGCAUGGUCCAUGAAACCGUACCGGAAAAGUAAGCUGUAGGGUAUUUUAUGGCAAAACCGUGGUUUAACCAUAGUUCAACCGUUAGUACCGUUAAAUACCGCCUAUCGGUUUAGCCUCCGAUACUGGUAUUUUGUGGUUGAACCGCCGGUAUGGUUUAAUGGACCAUGCUUUGAAGUAGAGUGAAUAUGAGGAUUCCUUGGGAUAAUAUAGUGUAUUUGAAAGAAGAUAUAGGUCUAGUUGGCUGACAAAUUUAGUUUGGAAUUGAACUGUUCUGGAAAUGAGGAAGGGAUAUGUGGAUGCUCAUACUCUAGAAUGUGUUUUCCAGCGAGGAAAAUCUUGUGUUUGAACUUAAUGAAUGUACCUUUGACUUUUUGAAUAACGACAAUAACACAGUUCACUCAUUUCCGAAUAAUGUUCGAACGAGGAUGUUUGAUGUUUUUGAUGGUUCAGUGGGAACAAGCUAAGUUACGUUACUCUACUCCUAUGGAGGUUCAGUGAGAGCUCCGAAAAACUAAAAGGUACUAAGUUGCAGAGAAAAGAUAAAUUUUGACAUUGUGCAUCAAAUGUUUGGUUGUGGAACCCUUUUUCCAUCUUCGUUUCUCCUAUUUAUAGCCAUCUGAGCGUAACUGCCCUGGUAACCGCUAGCUAGCCUGUUGCUCCAACCGCCUUAGGGGCCGCUUGUCGCUGCCUUGGUGACUAGUUGGUAACCGUCACCUUGGGGGCCCUUGUCCCGUCUUGGGGCUGGUUGGUACUUGAUGGUCUCGAUGUUGGGCCGGGUUGGUGUUGAGCCUUGUCGCCCUGUCAUGACUGGAUGGGGUUGAGGCUCUUUGCCUUAGCUUCAAUGAUGAAGUCUUGAUCACAACCUCGACUGCUUGAUGACUCCUCACUCUUGCCAUCUUGAGACCGCUACCACCUCUGAUACCAAAUCCUCCUCAUUGACUUGUUGGUUGUUACCCAACCGUCUCAUCGGCUUGAUACCUUCAAGCAUGCCACCAAGCCCAUGUAAUCAACUUGACACCCCUGAUACCAAGCCAGCCUUGGCGACUUGGUCUCCAUAUUUAGUUUUUGUAGCCUCGUCAAGUUGGUAAGUUGCACCACGCCGGUUUGGUACCCCGUUAGGAUGCUACCAAGCCCGUCUUGGGACUUCGUCUCCAUAUGGCCCCCUAAGGGGUUUAUAGCAAAUCUUCAUAAAAUUUCCAUCCUUGGCUAGACCUGUCCCCAUCCCAAGAUUUCAUACUUGGUACCAAGUCUGCCUUGCCAGCCUGGUAUCCUCUUGACUGGGUGUCUUGGUACCAAGCUGUCGCUUGGUAUCCUCUUGCUAUGGGUGGUGAAUUCUUGUUAUCUAGCAAUGAAACUUUAAUGCAAGUCUAAGCUAACAAACUAACAAAGCAAGUAAACUGUUGUAUUCAGGUUAAGAGAGGUCACCCGGAUAUGGUUCCCCCUAGACUGCAGUUAAGCCGGAUUGUAAUUACCAAGUUCAGUUUCUAUGAUAGUUAUACUGCGGAAGGUUCUUAAACAGCCUGAAGUCUCGACUAAAGGUCUUCAGACCCUCUCAAUCUGAGUCUCUAGCGGGCGACAAACCUCCACCGGAGUAAACAGAUUGAGGCCUUAACAAACAAAACCUCCACUACCGGAGUAAAUCCGGUACAGAAUAGUGAGUUGGCUCCUCGACUAAAGUCACCAACUCCCUACCUUCAAUCAAGGAUGCUCUAUCAACCUAGGCAGAUAUUCUCAUUCUAGGUUAAAGCAGAAACAACAGGAAUUUGAUCAGGAUUCAUGCCAUUCAAUCAAUCAAACCUCAAUCGAAUAUAAUCAAAUCAUAGAAUCAGUACUUGGGUUCAUACAAUCAAAGUCUAACAUACAAAUCUAGGGUUCUCCAUACCCAGAUGAAUGGGAGAACUACUCCAUGGAGAAAGAAGCAAAAGUAGAAUCAGACGCGGAAUUCAUACUGUGAAGGAUGGAUUCCUGCUCCUGGACGUUGAUCGGCACUUCUCCAAACUCAAGCUGGCCUCCACUGGUGUUGAAGAUCAAUCUAGGGCACUUGGAGACUCUUGUUCGUCGCUUUCUCUCUCUAGGAAUCGUUCUCUCUCUCAAAAACUCGAAUCCCCUUCUCUUUGGCUGAAAAUCUGCUUAAAAGGGCAUCAGUGGCCAAAGCACGGUCGAGGGCACGGCCGUGUAAUGCCUCAGCCCGCCCGUGCUUUGGCUAGGGUUAAUUACACUAGGAGAAACACGGCCGUGCUUUUGGGAGGACACGGCCGUGCUUUGGUGAAGCACGCCCGUGUUCUAUCUCAGCCCUGCCCGUGUUUUGGCCAAUGUUUGCCAAACUCGAAUUAGCUCUCGGCAGUAAAAGCAUGGUCUCAGAACACGGCCGUGUAAUGGUUUAGGUGUGCCCGUGUUUUGGCUCAGCUUCACCGAAAUGACUUCCGAAUGCCCCGAAACUCGUGCUUAGCCUUCCCUUUUACACCUGGGACCUGAAACAUGACAAAAUAGCACAACCCGGCAUAAAAUAGGCCAAAAACACACGACUAUGCCCCUCAAACAGAUAAGAACUAGGGGCGCAAAUACGUGCAAUUACAUCGUUAUCAAAUUCCCCCACACUUAACCGUUUGCUUGUCCCCAAGCAAACCUAACUCAAACCAAUGCAACUCUCCAGACCUCUAUAGCAACAAACAACCCAGAUCGUAGGUAGAGGACUUCCUAGGUCAUUUAGCAGCUUACGAGGUCAACCGACGCACAAGUCAUCUCAUAGCUUCUUCGGCGAGAGCACUAGUAUCGAGUCGGCAUCAUGGCAAAUAGUGAACAGAGGACAAAUGAAUUGUGGAUGAAGAGAUUCUCAAAAACAAAAGAUCAUGGACUCA